CGGCGGGCACCUCCUCCUCCUCCUCAUCAUCAGAUCACCUCUCGAGCACGGCGCACCACCUCAUCGGCCCCGUACUCCCCCGUCCCGUUCCUUCGUUCCGAUUCGGUCCUUCGCCUCCAAGGCUCCAAGCCACCCGCGACCUCGAGCUUCCCUUCUCUCUCUCUCUCUCUCUCUUUCUCUCUCGCGGCCUCGCGUCCGCCUGCCUCCUCGCGACACCGCCCGUUCCGUUCGAGGGGGGGCGAAGCCGGGUGGGAGGGGGAAGAGGAUGGCCUCCGAGGACGGCUGCGGCGGCGGCAACCCGCCGGGGGACGCAGCGGCCGCGCCGCCGGUGUGGAACGCCGCACCUGCGGCGGGAGCUGGCUGCGGCGAUCUGGAGGAGGACCUCCGGUUCCAGUGCUGCGUCUGCCUGGAGCUUCUGUACAAACCAGUUGUUAUUGCAUGUGGACAUAUGUCAUGUUUCUGGUGCGUCCACAAUGCUAUGCAUAUCAUCAGGGAGUCUCAUUGUGCUGUCUGUAGGCAGCCUUAUAAACAUUUUCCUAGUAUCUGUCAACUCCUCCAUCACUUGCUUAUAAAGCUUGAACCUGUGGAAUACAAAAGAAGGGAAAAAGAGGUACUAGAGGAUGAGAAGCGUGUGGAUACAUAUUCUCCACAAAUCAUUGAGUUUUUAAACUCCAAGAGCAACAAUUGUGAAAUUGAUGGGGAGAAUAGACCUGAAGAAAGUAAUAGUCGACCUCCACAAGAAGUUACAUCUGAUGGCAACACUAUCAAUGGGCAUCCGAAGAAAGUUAAGCUGGAGGACGUGUCAUGUGCUCUUUGUAAGGAGCUGUUGUAUCAACCUGCUGUUCUUAAUUGUGGUCAUGUGUACUGCAUGUCCUGUUUGUCGUCCUUGGAUGAUGGUGCACUCAAAUGCCAAGUUUGUGGAGGUCUUCAUCCAGGAGAUUUUCCUAAUGUUUGCUUGGAUUUGGACCAUUUUAUCGAAGACUAUUUUCCAGCAGAAUAUGACUUAAGACGAGAGAAGAUUAAGCUUUUGAAGGGUGAAUGCAAUCAAGGAUCAUCUUCAGGUACUUCAUGCAUAAAAGAAGGCAGGGGUAGACCAACAAAUAAGGAAAACCGUGCACAUCAGGAUGAUGACUUGUCAGAUGUUCAUAUUGGGGUUGGAUGCGAUUCAUGCGGGAUGUAUCCAAUACGAGGGAAGAGGUACAAAUGUAAGGACUGCACUGAAUUAAUUGGAUUUGACCUCUGCGAAGAAUGCUACAAUACAAAAUCGAAACUUCCAGGCCGGUUUAAUCAGCAUCAUACCCCUGACCACAGGAUGGAACUUGAUCAUUCAGCACUCUUCAAUAGGUUGAUGAGGCUACAAGGGAUACACGAGGAGGGCCCAGGAGAGAUAAUCAUAGAAGGUGCAUUUGUUGCUCCUGACGCUGUGGUGCAUAUAAUAGCAGAUGAUCAUGAGGAAAUCGAGGAUAACGGUGAGGAUGAUCACUUGCUCUAGAAACGAAUCAGUGGUAUUAAACCUGAAUUUCGGCAUUGUCCUUUCUUUAAUGUGGAGGAGGCUACAUGAAUCAUGAAUGGUACUGUAUGAAAUGGAGGGAUUGAACAAAGCUUGUAGGCGUGUAACGCCCAUAGCCCCUUACUUCAAUCUAAUGGGAAACAUCUUAUUUCUGCUUUUGUAAUCUACAUUUAUAUUCUUGUUAAUGGAAAUACGAAUGAGAAAAGAACGGCACCAGGUACAGCGUAUCACAAUUCACAACUGCACAAGCGAAGAAGCAUCCUGUAGUUAUUAAUGUUUUGUAAUAAAUACCUUUUGUUUUAUAAA